AUGCUGCAAUUUCUGCUGCUACAGGUCCAUCGAAAAGGAAAAGGGGCCGUGCUGCCAAUGCGUUGCUUGACGUUGAACCGUCAUCCAUGGAUCUGUCUCGUGGAACGACGCCUGCCCCCGAUACGCCUGUUUCGGGGUCUCUGGCACCGCAAGGACGGCCAAAAAAGAAAUACAAGAAGUCACAAAUGCAAAAGGAAAAGGAGGCAGCAAAUGCCGCUGCUGCCGCUGCUGCCGCCGCCGAAGCUGCUGCUGCUCGAGCCACUUCGGGAACGAAACGGAAAAAGCAGCCUAAAACGAAAACGCAGACUAAAACAAAAGGGACCCGUGGACGUGGAGCGGCAAUGUGGUGUUCCCUUGCCCCUGGGUGGGUUCUGCGCACGGCUGUUGACGUGUAAAACGCACUCUAUGGGUGCCAAAAGGGCUGUUCCAGGCCGUAGUGCACCGUAUGACGUUUUACUCCAGCAAUACCAGAAACGGAACCAGGCCAAGAUAGCGGCUAGCCAUGCGUUGGCUGCGCAAAGACGUGAAAACGCCCAGCUUACAGGCAUGGACAACGACGAAAACACCAGCUUGAACAUGGUUCUCGAUCCGGACGAAGAAACGCAUUUGGUGCUCGAGGGUCUUCUGAAGAACUACGCUAUCCCGCUUGAGCGGAAAGUGAUUCUCCCCGCACGCCAUCGUCUGCGUUUCUUAUACAUGCGGGAAGCCUAUGCCAACGCUCUCAUCACCGCAGGAAACGCCGGGGCAGAUUCACAGGCGCUGGCGCUGGACCUGACUCUUGCCACGCAGGCAAUCUCCGGGCUGAUUGGUGGGCUUCAGGGCAGGUGUGCGUUGGUGAAUGUAGAUCUGGCUGCUGCUAGCACCCAAACAUACGCAGCCGUGACAGGAGAGCUUUACCAGGUGCGUGCGCCGCUGAAAGCAAUCUUGAUGACGGCACAGUACAACCAACAGCAGCAGCAGCUUUUCCAGCAACAGGUUAUGAAGCUUCAGCAGCAGCAGUUGCUCAUGAAGCAGCGCCAGAGCCAGCAGGCAGGACAAGGCCAGGGCCACAUCUCGAACCAGGGACAGAUUUCAAACCAAGGGCAAGCAGUGCUGGCCCAGGCUCUGUAA